GUCAAAGAAAACGAAGUAGGCUGGAUAGUAGUUGGAAAAACUUGUGUGGUUAUUUUAGUUUGUAAUGUGUUUUUUUUUAUAAACUGAUACUGUAAAAAGCAAAAUAAUGAAAAUUUUCCAGUUUUGAAGAAACAGCACCAUGUCCUCGAAAGAUGAUGCCGAUUACUGGGAAUUUGAAGAUUCUGUGACUCAUACUUUCAGUGAGGAAUUUGAGUCAAAACCAUUUGAUGGGAGUGAUGUUCUGUCUGUGUCAAAUAGUUCUUUGUUUUCAAGUUAUCGUGGGGAUGAAGGAGAUGAUAAUGAGCUAGUAGAUUUCUCAUCAGUAACCAAAGGACAGAAGAAAACAAAAGCCAAGCCUUUAGCAAGUGGUCCAUUUCUUAAUUCAAGUAGUGAAUGUUCCUCUGAUAGUGAAAGCAGUAGCCAACAGAGCUCUUCAUCUUUCCAGAAUGGUGUAAAACGUCCUGUUCCUCGAAUUAGUAAAGAUGGCAUGGCUGUGUGUGAGCGUUGUGGAACUGUUGGAGUGAAACAUGCAUUUUAUUCCAAAACCAAAAGGUUCUGUAGUUUGGCUUGUUCACGGGGCCUACCAAAACCCUCAGGUGGAAAGGUUUCUUCAGCUCAAGUCAGUGUGACAAAGAGGCUUCCACCACCACCACCACCAUUUCUGAACAAGCCCAAAUCAGAUCUGACAGGAUCAUUUGAUUGGAAGACUUACUUAAACAAGCCAGACUUCUCUGCAGCUCCUGUUUCAAGCUUCAAGCAUGUGGCAUUAGCAGAUUGCUGGGAUAACAUUACUGUUGGAAUGAAGAUAGAAGUGGAAAAUAGAGAUUGCGAUAAUUUUGGAAACCUUUUUCCAAGUUUUUACUGGAUUGCAAGUGUUGUAAAAAUAGCUGGCUACAUGGCUUUGCUUCGUUAUGAAGGAUUUGGUCUUGAUGAUAGCAAAGACUUCUGGGUAAAUCUGUGUUUAGAAUCCAUCCACCCAGUUGGCUGGUGUGCAUCCCAAGGAAAGCCACUAAUUCCACCUAAAACCAUUGAACAUAAACAUGCUGAUUGGAAGGAGUUCUUGGUGAAGAGGCUAACAGGAGCUAGGACUCUCCCCUCAAAUUUCCAUGCCAAGGUUCAAGAAGGAUUACGAAGCAAGUUUAGAGUUGGAAUGAAACUGGAGGUUGUGGAUAAAAAUCGUAUUUCGUCUAUUCGAGUGGCCAGAGUUCAGGAGGUUGUGGGUGGACGACUGCAUGUUGCAUAUGAAGAUGCAGAAAAGGGGGAUGAAGGGUUUUGGUGUCAUGAACGUUCUCCCCUUAUCCACCCGAUUGGUUGGGCCCAAGUAGUAGGUCAUGACUUGAGAGCUAGCCUAG